GGAGGACUUAUAUGAGAGGGGAGUGACUCAUUAUCCAUCUUUGGAGGCCGGGCCUCACAGCAUGGCGGUCAUCACAUCUGCCCAAUGGCAGGCCAUGCUGGACGCAGCAGACGAGAGUCAGAAACCAUUCUUUCAAAAACUGUAUGAUGAUGCCGUGCAGAGGGAAAGGGAGGCAGCGGCAGCAGCUAGAGCCGCCGACAUUGCUGAUCAGGUGGCUCUCCUUCGGAUCCCGGAAGCCAAUGCUGACCGGUUCCAGGAGGAACUAGCUGCUGCUGUAGCAGCCUUGGUUCGACUGUGGAGCUUGGAAGAUCUCGAGACCCGCGUAACAGCGCUGGAGCAGCGGAACCAAGAGCUGCAGGCUGAGAUAACCAGCCUAAAACAGUCCCAACUGUCUGCCCCCCGCCCUCCUAGCCCGCGGUCUGCUGUAGUCCCGGUCUCUCAAUCAAACACAACCCUCAUAGUUAGAUCAAGCGGAACCAUGGCAAGCACAGGAACCGGUGCCAGCUCUUCGAGCGGCAGCGCCGACAGUUCUGCGCUGGUCAUGGUCCCAAAUGCAGGGACUUCAGCCCAAAACACCACAGUUCUUACUGGCGUUCAAUACAGCGGUCCCAUGGUGGACAAGCGGGCGGCCACGCUGCCGUCCAAGUACGACGGGAAGGCAGGCAUCAUCUCUUGGAUUAGUUCCAUGCGGUCGUACUUCGAGGUCAUGCGGACACCGCAAGAGGACCGAAGUAUGAUCAUGGGGACUAAUACUGAGCCCGCCGUGCGAAACCAUAUUGAGCUCCAAGCUGUCGCUGCAGUCUAUGCACGCAUAGACCUGACUGAUUGGCUGAAGGUCACCCCUGUCCGCGUUCUUGAGGAUCUUCUCCUUGACCGAUACCAGGAUAAACAUGCUACGCUCAAGGCUAGGCUGAAGCUUGAGGCCCUCAAGGGCCAAACAUGGAGGUCAUCCAUGCAGGCUUUGGAACAGCACUUGACUAGUCUGUUCACCACUCCGGAUCUGGGAAUGACUGACGUAUCUUGUAUGGAUGUAGUCAUGGGAGUGCCCCCUAAAGAUUACCUCUCCCUGCUAGCACUCAAGGACCAUGCCACCUGGCGAGAGCUCAUGAAGGACCUAGUCGACCUAGAGACCAAGGACCUCGCCAGGCGCAAGAAGGCCCCCGCUGCAGGUGGGAAACCACAACGCAAGCGGUUUGGAACCAGCAACCAGCUUGCACUGCAUGAUCAUCGGGAGGCUGAUGAUCAGUCCUAUGCGGAUGAUCUGUCCCUAGAUGACGAUUUAGAGCCGGACUCCGAUACGGGCUGUUCCACUUCAGCCAUUGAGUGUGACAGAAAUGAUGAUGAGAAACUUAAUGCAUUCAGAAAGACUGCUUCAAAUAAGGGGCCUAACCGUGGUUCAGGGAAACAGGCAAGGGGCGUAGAGGAGACAUCAGCACUCUCUACAACAAGAGAAGCCGAGCAGUCGGCUGCAGGCCCCUCUGAGGAGCCUGGAUCUAAUCAGCAGCUUGCUCUUGAAGCCCGAAGCAAUGCUGAAUCCAAGGCUGGUGCAGUCCGUGUAUUAUACACUGAGCCUUGGGAGGAGUCUAAAGAAGUUGACUUCCAUGCCCACAUGGAGCAUUGGCUGCAGCUCAAGCAGCAAUGCCGUGUCCAGGGGGGCGUGGAGCUGACCUUCUUUAAGCUGCUCAUUAACCGCCGAUAUGUCCGUGUGCUGAAUGACAGUGGUUCAACCACUAACUUCUUUUCUCCGAACGGGAUUCGUAAGGCGGGCCUGGGUAUGAAGCAAGUGGAACUGCAGAACCCUUGCCAGACUCAGGUGGGCAACCAAGAGGUUGUCACUUCCACUCAUGCUGUCAAAGGUGUGCGCAUCACCUUUGACAAGGAUCGCACUGUCACCCAUGAGCUCAACUUCUAUGUCAUGGACAAGUGUCGUUCGACGCGGUCAUUGGCUUGGGCUGGCUAAAGGCUCAUUGCCUAAGGACCACGUGGGCGGACAAUCAGUUCGUGGUGCUUGAUGCCAAGGGGAACGAGCAUACCGUCUUAUUAGAUGAGACGCGCGAGUCCCCAGUGACUCUUCUCAGUGCUAACAAAUUCUGCAGGUCAGU